UUAGAAUAUUGCGCUUCUUCCAUGCCUGUUGCUUCUCGUUUUCGCUGUAAAAAUCGAUAAAUGUAUAUUGAAGAAAUUAAAGAGAUGGGUAAUUAAACCAAGGACUAAAUAUGACUGGAAUAGAAAGUAGUCCUGAGUGACGAAUGUCAAUUUUGAUAUAAGACUUUAUUCCCGUACUAUUAUGUGCCCGUUAUACAAAGAAUCCUUCCAUCAGAUAAAUUCAUGUACCGGAAUCCAAACGUUUUCUCCUGGAAUAUGUAUCAAAUGAAGGUGGAAUCCUGCAGAAGUUUAAAUCUAUUCCACUGAAAGUAAACAAAGUAUAUAACAACGGCCAGGCGUUGGAAACGGGAAAGUGGAAUCAGUCCCGGAUAAAGAGAGGUCUUUUUUAAAGUUCGGAAAAAACAAUUGCUGUUUGGUGAAUGAUUAUUUGGACAUGGGUUGUGGGGGAUCAAAGUCAGUUGGUGUGGAAGCUACUAAACCUGAAGGAAAGGAAGAGGAUUACCUAAGAGAACCCGAGAAUGACCCGGAGGGCUUAGAGGAUGUUUUAGGGGGGUACCCUCCACCAAAACCCAGUCCAAACAAAAAGGAACACAUCUUCACAGACCGAGAUAAAAGUGCUGCGGAUGCAAGGGCGACACAGAUUAGUGUCGAAGACUACCAGUCUCUGGGUGACCUUGCACGCGCUUUGACACACGGAUUAAAUGAUGUACAGAAAGUACGCACUAUUUUCACCUGGAUUGGUUUACAAGGAAGAGUAGGAAACAUCCCAAAGAGCAAAAAGAACGACGGCAAUAACAACACAGAAGAUGUCACAUCGCCUCAAAUCAUUGUACAAAAAGUCUUACAAAGACAGUUCUCUUACAAUUUUCUGUUUGUAAGUCUCUGUAGGGCGGCUCAUAUCCCAUGUGUACUUAUACGAGGACUAGGGAAAAGUGUGGCAUACGAGGUGGGGGACCAAGAUAUCGAUAGUCUGAACAACUCUUGGACAGCAGUGUAUGUGUCCGGAGGAUGGCACUUCGUGUUUCCUCUGUGGGCUUUCUCAGCAGUUGUUGGCCACUCCACUGGCACAUGGACUCUUGUGGAAACCCAAGGUAAAGGUGCCAGAGAGAAAGAAGAUAAGUCGUCAGGACGAACAAUCAGUCGUAUAAACGACUAUUUCUUCUUCACUGAACCAGAAGAGUUCAUAUACUGCUGUUUUCCUUAUGAUUAUAAAUGGCAACUUCUUUUACGACCAUUUACCAAACAAGACUUUAUAGAUAUUUCAUAUUGUAAAGAAGGCUUUUUCAAAAAUCGCUAUAGAAUCACAACGCCGGCAAAAUGCCUUUAUACGUCUGCUGGUGGAGUAUGCGAUAUAGAGAUCAAGAAGCCGAACAAGGAAGAUUGUGUUCACACAUACAAAUUGUACUUUAACCAUGGACAGUCAAAGACUACCCUGCCUUCUGAGAUACAGUUGGAGAGGUACGUUGCAGUUUUCAAUGAAGGACUUUCUGUGCGAUUUCAUAUUCGGUUUCCGAGUGAAGGAGUAUACAAGAUGACGAUCUUUGGUGGUCGCUCACUUUUAUGCGAAUUCAGACUUGACUGCAACGAGGCUGUGAGCAAUGUGAAGCCAUUUCCAUGUCAUCCAGAGUCAGGAUUUGGUCCUAAUGCUGUGACUGAAGAAUCAGGACUGCUAGCACAAUCGCACAAAACUGGCUUCAUUAGCAUGAAAAGUACAAAAAAUUUCAAUAUCAAAUUCCACGUUCAAAGAAAUGUGUUAAUUCAAACUAUUCUGGUACAUAAUACUGUGGAAGAAGAAACGCUGAACAAACACGUGAACCAUAAGAUGAAAGGUCAGGAGCUGGACAUCAAUGUGAAUUUACCUCAACAAGGCGAGUACGUCCUACAGAUUAACACUAAGGACAAAGAAUCUGGUGAUUCGUACAAGAACGCGUGCAACUACCUUCUGACCUCAGAGAACAUGAACAAAAAGAGGAAGCCAUAUGAGAAUGCUCUAGAGAAGAAAGUCAGAAAGAUGUUACAAGAAUGUUCCCGCUCCAAGGACCUUGAAGCUUUGCAGAAAGCUCUGGAUGAAUUCGAUAAGACCGACCUAGAAGACAAAGGUGAUCGCCAGAAAGCAGUAGAGAGAAUACAUUUCCUCAGCCUACGAAAAGAAUUAAAGGAUGCGAUUGCAAGAAGACAUGGAGAGAAACUAGAGGAAGCGAUACAGAAGGCCAAAUCGUCCGAGUUCGAAUCCAGUCUGCAGAGCCUCAUCAAAGAAGCUGAGGAGUUGCUGUCGCAGCUGAGGAGGCUGAGAAGAUUUGCUCAUGAGAUUCUGGAAAUGCAGCCUUCGACAAUAUCCGAAAUUCACAGCUAUAAAUACCCCAAACCUCUAGCGUAUGACAUAAUGAAGGCCACGUAUACUCUCCUGGGUGAACAGGGGAAACACGUUGAGGAAUGGGAACAGCUACAGGCUUUAAUGCGUAAGAAGGGAAAACAAGGACUGUUACUUCGCGUGCGUCAGUUCGACAUUGUCCACGUGACCGAGAACAUGAUAAAUCACGCCUCCCAGUUGUUGCAGCCAUAUGAUGAAGAGAGGGUUAGAAACUCUAGCGCAGGUCUUGGAACAUUUUAUAAAUGGACGACGGAUGUUACUGAUGAAGCGACAAAGUCCGAGGAUUCUUUGACGGAGUCAGUAGUUCCUGAAAAUAUGGCCAAAACACAAAACAAAUAAACGAAGUCCUUGUCACUUGAUACGGACGUUUAACUCUUUGUGAAUAAACUUUAGCUGGCAUGCAGACUCAGAAUAUAUAUUCAGAUUCUUGUAAUUUUGAAAAUUUUGCAUGUAUGUCCAUGCAUGGAUGAAGCUAAACAAAGCAUGAUAGAUUGAUUUGUUAAUAGACACGUUGUGACGCA